AUGGAAAAGGAUAAAACCACAAAGCGAUCACCAAGAAAAGCAAAGAGAAAACAGUUUUUUGACAAUGGUGCUGUGUCUCAUGAAAAAGGAGGGAAAUUUAGAGCAUGUGAGAAAGCUGGCUGUCCAGCCCGUAGACCAACUUGCUGUGCAAGAUUUGAUGAAACGUGAGUUAUACUUGGUCAGACGUUUCAUUGGCCAUGUAAAUAACAUCUUGAAUAGUUGAAUGAAAUGAUUUUGUGUCACUUACACAUAAGAACCUUAGUAAUAGUCUAGCUCACUGUAGAGUCUCUUUGGCUUAGUGAGAUAGGAGCAACAGCAAUAACAGACUGGGGUUCAAUUUCUCAAAAGGACUCAGAAUAUUUUUUUUCCAUCCCACAUUUGUUCAUGAUCAUGAGACACCUUCAACUUCAUAUAUAAUUAUAUAAAUUGGCAAUUACACAUUUAGAUCUCCAACCUUCCUAGUCUUCAGCUCUCCUCAGAUAUUCUUUAUAAUUUUCCUUCUAACCAUUUCUUGAUAUUACUAGUCCACAUAGUUCUUUGUCAAUCACUGCCUCUUUUUAAAUCAAUUUUACCACAUUUGUUACAAAACAAAACAUUUUGUCCCAAUUAUUUUGUUUUAAUAGUUAUGUUUAAUGUGAAAUAACACACAUGCAGCUGUAAUUUUUUAUAGAAUGGCUAGUAUAAAAAUUUUGAUUUUAAUCAGCUUGUAAGUAUGAAUUACGAUUUAUUUAAUUGUUUGUUAAUUUUAUCAAUGAUUAAUUGUUUUUUCAUAAAGCUGUGCUGGAUGUGGUUAUACCUCGAGAUGGUAUCACAUGUCUGAUGGGGAACAUUUCUGUAAUGCCUGUUUUGAUUACAUGUAUCGGAGGUAAGGCAAGCUACACUAUAUCUAAAUCUUGAUGACUGGUUAUUACGUAAUACACUGAGUUGUUUUCAGAAUUAUCACCGAAAGCCCAAAACCUCUUACCUCAGUCAUGAAUUCCCUUGUGUGUGUUGGCAUACAUUUCUCUAUGGAGAAUAAAUGAAUUAUUUCCAUGAUAAUAUAUUAAUUUUGGAGUUCUUGAAAUGGAGGCAACACCCUAUGAUUAUUUGCUGACAGCUUUAGGAUUUACAGCUGCUCAGGUUAAUUUGUGAUACUCACUCUUACUACUCUUGAACUUUUGUUUAUUUUUCACAAGGCUCAUUAUGCUUUUCAUCCAACAAAUUUCUUCAUGUGUUUUUAUUGUUACCAUGUGCCCACCAAUAGUGUUGCUCGAUGUUUCUUGAUAUAAACUACACACAACCCACAAUUCUUCUAUUUGCUCUGAGAAAGGACUAAUGCUCAAAACAUUAGCUUUUGAAACUCCCUACGGUGGUCAAAUUCCCUUAUCACCUCAAUUGAUAACCAAAUUUUCUUGUAAUGCCCCUGGGCACUGAUGCUGCACCACAGUUCAGAAACUUACCCCCUUUUUUGAGUUAUUUUUUUUAAUUAAAAAAAAUAACUUAAUGUUAGCGUAUAGAGUGGUAUGUUGUUCGUACCAAUCAGAUUGCUGUGUUAGGGUAUGUUUCUUACACCAACAGAUUGCCACAUUAGGGUAUGUAUCUCACACCAAUCAUUAAUAGGAUUUGAAUAUGCAUGUCAUUUUCUUGUAAACAACCUGCAUUUUAUUACUUAUUCUAAACACAUGGUGCAAUCCUGCUGAAAAAAAUUCAUACGGAGGUAAAUGCUACUGAUAUUGAAUUUUCUAAACAAUUCUCCUACGUUUGACUUUUCUAAAAAUUAUAGUUGCUUUAAGCUACCUUAGACUUAACCCAAUUACGUGUUCAUUCCUUGGAAAACAGCCUUCAUUUUAUCACGUAUUUCACACACAGGGCAAAGUCCAGAUGGGCAACAAUCAAUCAAGGAGCCUUCUUUGAAACAUUAUUCUUUUCUCUCCUUUCAAUGUAUCUUCACUUACUGCACUUGAGAUCGCAAUAUAAUUAUCUUUGGUCUAUUAGAGGUACAAAAGAGUUUCCAUUUGCUUUUCAUGGUAAAGUCUGAGGUAACUAACUGUAGAUGAAUAAAUUUGAUUUUCUCUCUGUUGGAGGAACAACAGUAAGCAUAGUCUCUUUUGCAACCGUUAUUUGGUUUCAUCAUGCAAUGCGUUCUCUCUCAAAAAGGAAAUGGAGGGUGUUGUGUGACAAGACCAAACAACGGCUGCAAAAGAGACUGCAAAAUUUUAUAGAAGUUUUUACCUAUAUCCAUCUUAGAUCAAGAAGUUGACGGAAUACUAAGAAAAAUCUAAGAACUAUUCCAGACAACAGUCGAGGAAAGCGUGGCACCAAUGCAUUUCAUUUUUACUAAGAAGUAUUCAGACAAUAGAGACAGUAGACCACAUAAUAUCCUUGUGAAUUCAGAUAAAUUAUAGGUUUUUUUGUCUUUCUGCGAUAUUUACAUGUUUUGAAAUUUAUGCUUUUUUCGGUGACAAAAAUGAAAACAUUAAGUACUCAAACUGUCUCAUUUCAACCCACCCAGCCAAAAAAAUAAGUCUUGCAUGCUAUGCAUGCCUAUGUUUUUAGGUUGUUAGGUACCUACAGUAAAUGUACCCCAAAUGCUACUGAGGGCAUCACUUUGUUAUUUUCUGUUUUAAAGCUUUAAAAAUGGCUAUGAAGCAUACACCCAAUGGAAACUAGAUUGGAGUUCUAUUGGAAAAAAAGAAGCAAACAUUAAGGUGUAUGUUUCAGAGAUGAUAAUGCCCUUCUGGGUCCAGUGCGUGUCAUGUUCAAAAUGGAGGGAGUUUCCAGAAAAGGAACUCACACCUGAUGAUAUAAAGUCCUGGAAAUGCUCAUCACCAGUAGCAAUAGUAACAAACAAAGAAAAGGUACACUGCUGACAAUGUGUUCGCAACUUAAGGGGUCAGUUCUUCAAGAUGCAAUUGCUUUGGUUGCCAUGACAGGGAGAAGAAAUUUUGGAGACCAAGUUUGCUACCUUUGUCUUCUAUUUGGGGAACUUAAUAAUGCAGUCCCAUAGAAAGCUGUUAAGUAAUGUUCCUAUUACUAUGGAAGGAGAAUCUACGGGUAUAUUUCCAUGGACCCCUUCAAUUACAUUUUGGAUGAAUCAAAUACUUACAUACAUGUAUUGAGGGGUGGGGGGGUUUGUACACCACUUGCAGAUUCUAAAUUUAAAUAUGAAUUGUCGUUGUCUCAUGAACAGGGAAAAAAGAAAGCAGUUAGCCCAUGUGGUAUUCCAGAAGAUGAGGUAUGUGAAAAACGGCUCAAACAGAAACCUCUAGAUUCAGAGUUCUUCUUGUUUUAUCAACUUUUAGGUCACCAUGUCACGAUAAUAUAUGAAAGUGACAGAGACAUUUAUUCCAGUGAGCAAUAAUAGCUAUGAUUAUAGACAGAAUGCAACUGUUAUAACAUUGUUGUCAACAUGUUUUCUUUGAAGAGAGUAUCUGCUGUUAAUAGUGCUAAGUGGCUGGAAAGCUUGACAGAACCUCCUCUGCUUCAAAACUGCUCAGCAGCUCAAUUCCUUGGGUCAUAUUUUCCUGAUGGUGUUGGCCUGAGCCCCACAUCAAACACCUGGGGGUGUAGAUUAGAAGAUUCUACAGGUAAUAAAUUUGAUAUGAAUUUGAUAAAUUUAAUGGAUAGUGUGUUCUCUUACUGAGCAAAAUAAUUAUUGUCUUUUGCAUGUGUUUUUAUGUCUGGAGAGAUGCAAUGUCUUGGAAGUUACUAUGCUAAACUUUGAAUGAAAAAGACCAGAUCUAAGACAGGUGGCUGGGUUAAUAUGUGCUGCAUAUCCCCAGCCAGGGGUAUACAGCUGUUUGCAGAAAGGUUAUCAAAAAGAUGCCCGCAACAACCCUGGAAGGUAUUGUAGGUAGUUAUCAGGUCACGGAUCCUUGACCUCAGGAUUUUAGGGAAAUCUGUGAAAACAUCAAUGUAAGGAAGAGGCCUAGACAUAGCUAUUUUAUAAAUUUAUUUUGUUGGCAGGACUGACUUUUAAUUAUGAACUUGAUGAAAAACAAAAAAAAAGAACAAACUGACCCUAGUGAACGAUGAUUAUUCUAUUGUUUUGUUCAUCUUGUUUUCACUUGCAUUAUAUAUAUUUCUCCCCAGUUUUUUAGCUGUUUUUUAACCACAUACCCAGAUUACCUUUCGAGAAUGUCCUGUGCACCCUUUCCUUUUUAAUUUUUCCAACAACUUUUCUGCAAACAGCCGUAGAUGGGGACCAGUGAACUAUCUGCCAAUUCUCCUGGUCACAUCUUGCUACAGAAAUUUUUGUAAACUUCAGCAAGAUUGGUAGGUGUUCUGGCUCUGAAGCUGACUAAACCCCUUUUCCUCUUACCCUUUUGCAGGAUAUGUUCAGUUGUUUUAUCAUCCAGAGAAUCCACACACGGCAUACAACAUCCGCCCAGACGUCAUGGAACCUGAGGAAGAAGAAACCUUCCCUGAAUAUAUUAGGUAUCUGUGGCUAAUCAUUUAUUAAUGAAUGUUUAUGUGAUAAACUGUAAAUUAAAGAUUGAUGAAAGAAACUUAAAUUUAAAACCAUUUUUAUCGUUUAACACUUUACAUCCAAACAUUAAUAUGUCUAUUCUCCAUACUUUUCUCUUUACUUUUCCAAAGGUGCUGACAAGGAGAAUUAGUUUAACAAUCAAGAGAGUCUUUAGUUGGUGAUCACUUUCUUUAUUCUCCUGACCUAAAUGUAUGAUUCAGGGUGAUAUUGUAAGGAGAAAUUAGAUGCUAAUCACUCUCAGGGGUCAAAGGGUUUUAUACUUAGAAUGAUAUAAAGUAAUGAUGUGAGUAAUUGCUUCUGUCCUUCUUGCAUUUUUCAGGCAACCAAUGCUGUAUCUUGCCUUGCGAAAUGUCAUUUUGUCUUUGUGGACACUGAAACACAAGGUGAGUAGAGACCUCUGUUAUUGUUAAAUGUAUGCUGCUCAAUAGAGUAAUAAUAACAAAAGUUAUUUGAUGUGAAAAUUCCAGUUUAUAUAGAGAAGGGAGCUACUUUAGCCAGUUACUCUUUUGAGACUUGAUCUAAAUGAGGUGUCUAAGACAAGCCUUGGGGCAGGUCAUGUAGCAAGGUGCUUUUAAUGAUUCUCUCAGUUUUUCUUUCCACCUGUGAGUGUGAUUUGAUACUAGGAAACUGUCAGGUGACCUGAAAAUCAAAGAACCCCUCAAAGGGAAUAAGCUUCCAUGGACUUGCAUCCAACCAGGGGUGUGCCCCUUCCUGCACAGCCUACAGUGUGGCCCAAAGAUAAGGGAACAUCACAGACUAGUACCAUGCGCUGACUCAUCUUUGUCUGAAGACAGACUAGUCUAAAAUGUGAUCAGCCAAAGUGUGUGUGCUUUUGUCAUUCAUUCGGGCCAUAACUUUGCUUUGUGGGUCAUUGUGUUCCACAAGAAAAGAGAUGGUAAUGUAAAAGCGCAGAUCUGCUCACUUGAAAUUUGUAAAACAGUGAUGAAAGAAGUAACUUGUGAACUUUGAUCAUUUGACAAAACAGUAUAGCAUACAUUUUAAAACAAUACAGAAUAACCUUUGGCAGUCCUGGGGCCACCAGGAAAUAAGAUUUUAUGCCUUCCUAUUUAUUUGCUUUUCCCACAGGAGUUUUUAACACCAGAUAGGUGUGCGCAGCAUAUCAUUGUGAGAGGUCUGAUCAGAGUAUUGAUGGUUACAGAGGCUAAACGUGUCUUGUUUUUUCUAACGAAAAAAGGAUUUGUCAAUCAUGGUAUUUUAGGCGAUGUGCCCGAUGUUCUCAGCACACCAAAGGCUACAAGGGUAUGUUUCUUGAUAAUGGUGAAUUUUAGUCGAAGCUACAUGUAUAAUACAGAAAAUUAAUUAUAAUGUGUUGCAAGAGGGAAUUAAAGUGCUUUUAUCUUCGUGCAUAGACGUGGCUGCUGUGUAAGAAAUUUGAAAUGCUAUUUGCUCAGAGUAGGCAAAUGUGAACUUAGAACUUCUUGGUGAAUACUGCAUCUUUGGUUCAAAUGUUUAACUUACUUCUAUGCAUGUAUAAAACAAUCAGAGUAUCCAAUCUGUUUUGGGGAUAUUUAUUAAAAUGCACUGGGUACAUCUGAUUCAGAUUGUUUCAUUGUUUUUCCUUGCAGCUUUCUGUCAUUGUGAUUGGUGCAGGAGCUGCUGGCUUAGCUGCAGCAAGACAUCUAGCUACAUUUGGUAUUAAGGUGCUGUCCUAUCUCAUUAACCUGUAAAUGGAAUACUAACUACUUGAGAGUUACAACCAAAAACAUCAUCAGAUGGAAAAACUCACCAGUCAAAAGCCAUGAACUACAUUUGAACUGUUCAACUGACACAGAAUUCUUCCCUUGUCUCUGAUGACGAAUUUCCUCCAAUGUUAACCCUUAACACCAUAACAUCAGUAUUCAUAUCAUCCACACUGAUCCCUUUAAACAGGAAGAAUUUCUUUAACAAUUAAGAGCACUUUAAUUGGUGAUCAUUUCCUUUGUUCUUGCCACCAUUAUGUAUGAUUCAGCGGUAAUACUAUGACAAGAAAUUCAAUUAGCACUGUAUCUUCAAUGUUAAUCUCUGUGGGUUUAUAUUGUGAUUCUCUUGCAGGUCACAGUUGUUGAGAGUAGAGACAGGAUUGGAGGGCGUGUAUGGGACGACACACAUUCUCUAGGAUGCUGUGUUGGUACUGGAGCACAAAUACUAAAUGGCUGUGUGAAUAAUCCAAUAUCAGUAUUGUGUGAGCAGGUGAAAGUAUACUGUAAAUUGCUGAAUAGAUAAUAAUCCAACCUUUGACUCAAUUAAUCUUUGAUUUUUAAUCCUCUCUUCUACAGCGAUACAUUUUCUAUAUAAAGCAGAGAUAAUUUAUAUUAAUUGCCAUUUUAUAUAAAGAUAGCAAAGCUGAGAAAAUAAAUUAUCUAUCCUUACACUUGUUAGUUGGAAAAUGUGUUCAUAUUGUAUAGGUUGUUGUAAAAGAAUACGUUUUCUUUUCCACAAGUGAAGGAUAAACUUAAGAAUUUUUUUUAAUGUAGAGAAAAAUCACACGUUUAGAAACAAUAGUUUUAAAUAUAUAAAUUAGAAAUAUUCACAUGAAUACAGAACAGGCACAUUGUUUCAUACGGCAGGUGAGUAGUUUUGUAGGUGUAGAGAGCCUUUUCUUUACAGAGAGGUCUGGACUCCUCUUGGAAAUCUUCAACCCUUUAACUCCCAUGAGUGACCAAGACAGAAUUUCUCCUUACAAUAUCAACACAGAAUCAAGAAGACUAGUGAGGAGAAUAAAGACGAAAACUCAAUUAGGGGACUACAAGUCGAUCCAAUACCAAAUUCUCCAAAUUGAAAUCACAAGUAUUGUAUGGCAGACAGUAGGGAGAAUUACUAAUAAGAUCUUGGGGGUAAAGGGUUAAGGUUUAGAUCCUUUCAGGCACAUUUUCCUGUAAUUUGAAGUUCAUUCCAGUUUGUUUUCCUUUGUUGUUGCUCGACCCCAACCAAUUUGAGGAGAAUUACACAAGAGGGUCUCCAUGGGGCGAUGGCUGUUACAGAUUAUGGUUAAUAUUCUGGCCAUUUUACAGCUAAGGGUUAAUUCUUUCUGUUAAAGUAUACAGAAAAAUUAUUACUAACAGUUAGCUUUUUAUGGCUAACUGUUAAAAUUUAUAUAGUGUAAAGUUAAAGUUAUACCUCUUUGAAACAGAAAAAGGUGCAAACUCCAGAAAAAAAAAUUACUCUUUGAAAUUGGCACUGUUAUUACUUUUCAUUCAACUAAAAUUGUUUUCUCAUCACAAUAUUCCUCCAUGUUCCUCCAUAACCCCAACCAUAACCCACAAGUAUCCAUAAGCACUUUUCAUUCAACUAAUUUAUUUAUGUUUCCUCAUCACAAUAAUCCUCCAUAACCCACAAUUCCUCCAUUUGCUCUGGAAUUGGCUAACGUUUGACUCAGCUUUAAAACUCAUUACAGUGGCCAAUUUACAUUUAUUUCUGGACUAACUAAUUAAAGUUGAUAAUACUAAAUGACCUUAUUAUACUCUCCCACCAAUGCAGAACCACAGUUUUUCAGAAAUUUACCCCCUUUUUUCAUUUAUGCAAAGGCUUCAAGUGGGAACCAGGGCAUAAUUAUGUACAAGCAAGCGGAUCUACCCACUAGCUGCCUGCUACCCUUGCAAUGGCAACCAAGAUCCAAUCAAUACAAUUAUUAAUUUUUUUUUUUUUUUAAGAACUAAAUUACUAAUCUCUUAAAAGUUAUAAAUGAGAUUAACUUUCUGCAUACACUCUUUAUAGGCUGGUCUUCCCAUGCACCACAUUACCAGCAAAUGUGAUCUUCUUACUGAGGAAGGCCACUGCGUAGAUGUGAGCACAGAUAGUAAAGUUGAAUUUCACUUCAAUGCUCUCUUAGAUGCUAUUGCUGAAAACAGGGAAGAGGCCUCGGAGGAUCAAUCUUUAGAAGGUAAUGAUAAACACUAAAACUGUAAUGACUCGUGUGAAACUUUUUUGUUCUUACUGCAUUUUGAGGUCAACCGCAGUCUACUACAGAACAGACAGACUGGCUUUUGAUUGGUUUUUAACAGCUGAAAUUAUCAUUUUAAUCUCAGUAUAAUAGUAUGCAAUUGAAAGGCUCAGAGCAAGCUGUGAUUUUUGGUAGUUGAAUUUUGGCAUUGACUUAGUUUUAACAGCUGGGACUGUUUUGUUUUUUUUUGCAUUUUGAUGAUGUGCUCUCUCAUUGAAUGAAGCUGAAACAAAAGAAGCCUUUUGUUUCAUCAAAACAAUACAGCCCCCGAGAACUUGCAUAUUCAUAACCAGCUUAAAGAAAGUGAUGAGUCACACCAAAGAUUUAAUCAUUUGUUAUAAACAUCUUGAUCACCCCAUUGUACUCUCUUGCACAGAUAAAGUACAAGAGAUGCACAGUUUGUUUUUGGAAGAGACCCAAGUAUCAUUUAGUGAAGUAAGUCUCCUUUCAAGUUGUCAGACAUUUCCUUUCAAGUGUCUGAGGAUGAUGUAGUGAUUUUGAAAGAUAACACCCUCCUCACUUUCUUUUUUUCUUCUUGUUGUUGUUAAUGAGUAGUUUUAAAGGAAACGAAGUUGAUGUGUAACUGUAUAUGUCAAUAACUUCAAGUUCAAUCAGUUUGAGUGCUCUGUUUAUCAUCUUAUGAUCUUCAUUUUCCAGCUUGAAGAAAAGCUGCUGCAAUUUCACCUUGGAAAUCUUGAGUUCAGCUGUGCAGCUCCACUCAGUAAAGUCUCGUCAAUGUCCUGGGAUCAAAAUGAAGAGCUUCCUCAGUUUUGUGGUGAUCAUACUCUUCUUCAACAUGGUUUUGGUGUUCUUCUGGACAAACUUGCUGAGAAUUUGGACACCAAACUCCAGUAUGAAGUAUGUGAAUGAAAUUGUAGCAUAUUUGUUAAAGCUUUGAGAGGCAAGACACUUCAGGUUUCUGAGAUAACAAGAGACUUCAGGCACUCAGUGCUUUUUGUUUGAGUGCAGCUUUAAACUUAUUAAUUUAUGAAGUUAUAAGUAACAUGUAAUUUAGAAUGGUGUUACUAAGGGUGUGUGAGAAAGAGUGGGCUUAUGGUUUGAGGUGCUGGACUUCAAAUCAAAAGGUAAUUUGGUAUCAUCAGCUGAGUUCAUAACAUAAAUUGGCCACUGUUAAUUAAGAGAUUCAAAGCUGACGUUUCAAGCAUCAGCCCUUUGUCAGUGUUUGCCCUUCUUCGUUUGCUCUGGGAAAGGGCUAAUGUUCAAAAUGUCAGCUUUGAAACUCCUCUUGGUGGCCAACAUACGUUAUCAACAGGUGAUGAUACCAAAUUACCUUGUUAUAUACUCCCUUGGAUGGGAGCAUAUCUCCAUUCACUCAGGGAUUUUAGUGACACACUCUACAAUGUAAUGAUCUUGGACAAGUACCUAUGAAGUAUAUAAUGAAACUUUUUAUUUCUUCAAUCAGGUCAAAGAAAUUAACUACAAAAGCAAAAGAGUAAUCGUUACAAGUUCUGAUGGGAGGCAACUGACGGCAGACAAGGUAUUUACAUGUCAAAAUAACUAUAACCUGCAUGUAGAUGUGACAUUCAGGGUGACACAGCCAUUUACUUAGAGUUUUCAAUAGUCCUGUGAUGUAAUGUAAAAUUUUAAGUGGAUUAAUUGGAGAUAUAAAGCUGGAGUGAAUUAUAGAAUGAGAUCCUAGUCUACCUUUGCCCAUAAGAUUUGAUAUGGUGAAUCAUUUUUGUGUAUGAUCAAAGAAAAUUGCAAGUUAAAAUUUAAAUCAUUUCUUUACUUCUCACUUUCAGGUGAUUGUAACUGUCCCACUGUUCUUGCUGAAGUCAGGCAAACUUAAGUUCAUUCCUGCACUCCCAAUGAGGAAGCAAGCUGCUAUAUCAAAUCUUGGAGCUGGUCUCAUAGAAAAGGUGUGAUUCAUAUUAGCAGCCUGUUUCAUUUGACAAUGAAUCAACACGUUGUGGUCAGUUUUGUGCUGAUUUUUUUUUUCAUAUAUCAUGAUUUCUUAGUACUUUAUCUCAGUGUGUCUAUCUUGUGCCUAAUUGGUUAUUGAAUCAUUUGAAUAAAUUUCCUUUCUAAUCUAACAACAACCGCAUCUCUCAUCUGCUUGAUUUAUAUACCAUGCAUGGUGAUUAGUUUUAAAAAUUUCCAUUUUUGGUGUUGCAGGUCAUUUUAAAAUUUAAAUACAACUUCUGGGAAAAAGUUGUCCAAGAAGCAGAUUUUUUCGGUCAUGUUCCCCAAUCACACAAAGGGCGCGGUCACUGUGGCCUCUUUUAUAACUUGAGUAAAAAGGUAGUAAUAUGUGUUAUCAUACACAAUGUGCAGUAAAGUCUUUUUCAAUAGGUAAGAAAGAACUCUCUUCCAGCUACUAUGCAUUUCUCAGGGCUAUGCAGUACGUUGGGAUUGAUUCAAAAGACUAAUACCAAAGUAAUUACAACAGCCAAUGAGAACAAACGGAAAUGUCACAAAGAGCUAAUAAGACCUUAAAUAAAAACAGGAAACCUUCUUGAAAGCCGGGACAAGGCUAACCAUUAACCCAGGAUUACCUGGUUUUUUAAAUUUUAUACCUGAUUGGUGAAGAGGUUGGUAAAAGUUUUCUGGACCCACAACAAAGCAAAGCAAAGCAAAGGAAAAGCAAUGCAGUCCACGAUGACUCUGGAAUUUCAUUUGAAAAUGGCUCCGACUACCAAAAAAAAGAAAAUUUUUUCAAUAAUUAUUCACUUAGCCUGAAUGAUUAGUGCAGAGUAUCUUGGUAAAUUUUCUUAUUUAUAUAUAAUGCCUUUCUUUUGUUCAAAAGGGAAGUGAAAAAGGAAAAAAGACAAGCCAUGUUCUAAUGACUGUGUUAUGUGGAGAGACAGCCUUACAAGCACAAACAAUGACAGAUAAGGAAGUGGUUGAUUCAUGUAUGAACAUACUUCGCAAGCUUUUCACUUACAAAGUAAUGCAACUGGUUCACAAUUGCUUUGUGUUUUAACUUUUUUCUUUUGCUGUAGCCAAAUAAUUAUUUAUCUUUUCUUAUUUGUUGAAUGGUACAAAAAGAGCUAAUAAUCAUGAGGCCAUGCCUAUUUAACACCUGUUUUUUUGCAGUUGUGAAAAAGUGUUCUGCAAAUACUAUGAAACCACUGAGAGGCUUAUUUACAUAAAAGUAAAUGGCUUCCAGUUUGGUGUAUGAGGAAGGAAGAUUUUUUAAGAUUAGGAGCUCACUGGGCUUUUAAGGGAGGGGAGGUUUUCUUAGAGAGUGGAGCUUGUUAGAGGAGGGAGCUUAUCACAGAGGGAGAGCCAAUCAGAGCAGUUAUGGUAAAUUUAAAUAAUAUUGUCUAAACAAAGAGUGUAACUACUACUAACAGAUUCCAGACCCUCAAGCAUAUUUGGUAACACACUGGGGGAAGGAUCCCUACUCAGGCAUGGCUUAUUCGUACAUACCUAUUGGUAGCACUGGAGAAGAGUAUGAUCAUAUGGCCUCUGAGGUUGAUGACAAGUUAUAUUUUGCAGGAGAGGUCUGUAUAAAGUUAAUUGCCAAGUCUAAGUCUUCUGGGAGAUGAUUUCACUUAGACAAUCUUUGUACUCAGCACAAACAUUCAUGUGAGGAGAAACCUCUUAGAAACACCCAGUGCUUUCAAAUUAAUAUGUGGGGGUGGAAAACAAACAGAACAUCCCUUUAGAGAUUUUGUAAAUGGACAGAAGCAGAUAUGAACAGUUUUAAGAUUACAUUUUAAUUUUUAAACCCACUUCUGUUCUAGGCUACAAAUCGACAAUUUCCACAGACAGUUACAGGAGCUUACUUAAGUGGAAUCAGAGAAGCAGACAAGAUUAUUUCAUCUUUGGGAACUGAGACGUGACAUGAGAUGAAGAUUGAGGUACCACAAGUCCGACAAAUGCACAAUUCUGUGAAGACUAAGCAGAAACAGACACACAUGUAAAUGGAAGUACAUCUUCUAUCAUUAUAGGAAAUAUUGUUGGUUUGCUGAUGAAAAACUCCCUUACAAGCUUCCCUUCUCUGCCUUUAAAUCAAUCUUUGAACUUCUCAUUCACCCUUGCUCUUUUACCUUUCACUGGAGAUUUGUAAAAGAACAUG